UUUUUCAUAUUUAAAUUCCUCCUCUAUGCUUAUCGGUCUUUGCUUAUCGGCCCUCUAUGCCUGUUUUCUUUAUGGAAUCGGUCCACAGAAAAUAUAUUUUGUCAUUUUUUCUGGUACCUUUUUAUUUUUCCCCUACAUUUGCCUUACUAAAUUGUUCUGGUCAUUUAAAAAUUUUUUUUUAAAUCUUUACAAUUUAAAUUCCUCCUCUAUACUUAUGGAUCUUUUCUGUGUGUAUUCGGUCCACACAGAAAAUAUAUUUUGUCAUUUUUCUGAUACCUUUUAUUUUUUCCCCUCUAUUUUACCUUACAAAAUCGUUCUGGUCAUUUCCACAAGCCCAGAAACUGCUACCAACCCAAAAAUAAAUAAAACAACAACAGACGAUAUUCUCUCUGAACAAUUAAAUUUUUCAAAUUUGGCCAAUUUUGUAGAACAACAACAACAACAACAACUUCCAGCCAUUUUCUCCCUAAGUUCUGUCUCUUCAAACAUUGCCGCCAACAACAACAAAAGACCUUCAACGCUGCAAGAGGCUGAUGAUGAAUUGGACAGUGGAAUUGGUGGUGGGGGAGAAGGUGGAGGAGGAGGAACAAGUAGUGGUGCUACCUCAGCAGAUCGAGGAGGACAACAGAAAAAACAACAACAAAGUUUUGAAAUUAAACGACUGAACCCAUUGGACGCUUCCAUUUUAUUUUCUAAACAAGAGGAGGAGCAAAGUGAAAUUGGAGGAGAAGUUAUCAAUUCAAUGCUUUCUCACUCUUCAAUGACUCGUCCUCAGCAUCCAAAUGUUUCUAAUCCGCAUAAUAAUCUUGGUACUCCACAGCAAAAUAAACAACAACACUUUUUUCAGCAUAAUCAACAACAAAUAAAACAUACUCCAUCUCAACAACAACAAUUUUCUCAUUUUCCACUUUUAUAUACUCAUCCAACGCAACAACAUCAACAAAAUUUAUUAUUAAAUCAACAACUACAGCAACCUAAAAAUAGUCGUUCAAUGUCUAAUUUACAUUCAACAAGUAUUAUUAAUGGACAACAACAACAAUCAAGAGAAAGGCGUAAAUGGAAUAUUGGUGGGGUAAAUAAUGCUGCUACACAACAACAACAUCAGCAACAACAAAUUUUGAAUCCAACACAAAUGUAUUUACAAAAUCAGAAUGGAGGAGGAGUUUCUUCGUCACCUUCUCCUUCAAUGUAUCUUUCUGUUAGACCACCAAUUCAACAACCUAUACAGCAACAACAACCUUUAACUAAAGAUAUUGUUAAUUCAAAUUAUUUAUCUGUUAAUAAUAAUUCACAACAACAACGUUUUGGUAUUGGUAAUUCUAUUUCAUUAAAUGCUAUUCGUUCUGGAAUGAUUGAAAAGCAACAAGAAUCCCAACAACAACAAGAAUAUGGCAAUAGAAAUUCUUUAUCUCGACGUUAUCUUCAAACAAAUGUUGAAAAUGAAAAUAACAAAAAUAAUUGUGUUUGGAAGCCUAAUCAAAAUAUUACAAAAACAUCUAUGCUUGUUAAAAAGAGGCGCUCUUCAAAUUUAUUUAAUACUUCAGGAAAUAAUAAGGGAGAUGAUGGGGGAGAAGAAAAUGGGUCUUUUACAGCACAUCAUCAACAACAACAAAACCACCAAUCAUCAUUAUUAUUAGCAAAUAGUAACAGUCCUUGUAGUUCAAGCCAAGCAAGUACUCCAAGUGGUUGUGUUAGUAAUGAUUAUAGACAUUCUCCUCCAGAUGGAAUAAAUGCUCGUUUGGAUGAUUCUAAAUUUGGUUCUGGUGGUGGUGGGGGAGGAGGAGCUAGAAGUGCUUUAAAUAGAAUUAAACAAAGAAGAAUGGCUGCUGCGGCUGUUGCUAAUAAUAAUAAUAAUUCUGAUUUACCCCCAUCUAUAGGCCGUCAAACACCAUCAUCCCACCCGCCUCGUUCACGUUCUCAAUCACCUUCUCAACUUGCAAUGGCUGUCUUAGCUUCUGAAGCAGCUCAAGCCCAAACAGCUAGGCCUAUAUCGCCGUCUGUUCGUUCGGUCCUUUCGGGUAGUUCUCCUUCAACAACUUCUCGUUAUCAACUACGCCUUUCAACUGUUGGUAAUGGUGUUGGUGGUUCUCCCUCCUCUUCUUCUUCACGUUUACGACAAGCUAGACAAAGACUUAAAAAAUCACAAGAAAAUUUGGCUUCUUUAAAAAUUGAAAAUAAAGAGGUUGAUGAAAAUGAAGAAGAAGAGCCUUUAUCUAGAUCUAGGUCUAUUGGAAAUUUAUGGAUGACAACAACAGGGAGAAGAAGAACAUCUUUACAUUAUACAGAUGACAGAAAACAAAAUCAACGAGAAAUAGCCAAAUCAACAACAGAUUUAUUAUUAUUAAAUGGGAAACCUAAGGAAGAUGAUACCACAAAUUCAUCAAAAUUAAUUAGUAAUAGAUUAGCAGAAUCUAGGCAACGAUUGGCACAAUCAAUUAAAGAUAUUAAUAGAAGAAUAAGUGAACCAGAUAUUCAACCAAUGUUGACUUCAUUGUCUAAAGAAAAUUCUCAUCAAAUAACAGAAACACCACCUUCCUCUUCAUCAUCUUCAACUACAUUUAGAGGAGGUCCUAGACGUGGAGUACAAAAAAAGUUAGAUAAACAAUUACAACAACAACCACCACAGUCCAUUAGUGCUCGUUCUUUUCAACAUUAUAAUCCUGGUGAUUGGUCUACUGAAUCCUCUUCCAAUAUUAAAAUGAAUUUAAUGCAACCAGUAGGAAUAAGAAGUGCCACUUCUCUAACCCCAACAACAGCAUCAAAUAAUUUUUCUGCACAUUCUCCUCGUAGCAAUUAUUUGGCACAAAAACUUGCUAGCCGAAGUGGUUCUGUUGCUACUGAUUCAUCAAUAACGACAACAACCUCUUGUAAUCGUUCAUUUACUUCAGAAUUAAAUCAAAUAAAUAAUAAUUUGGCUUCAUUUCAGUUUACUUCUACAGGCUCAAAAAAAAUGGCAUUGCAUGCACAAGAAUGUAUAAAAGAAAUGCAGCAAGCUAGUGAUAAACUUUUGGGAACGCGUCAGUUGAUACAAUUUGACCCAACAAUUAAUUCUGAGGAAAAGCAUCAAUUACUUUUUAAUGUAAACAAAGCUGUAACUGCUUUUUCUAAAAGAAUGAUACUUGAAGAUGAAGAACAUGGAGGAGAACAACUUUAA